AUGGCUGACGAUCCUCAUACGCUCGCCAGGGAGGCGAAGGCUCUGGCGGUAGCCCUCAAGGACAACCUUAAGAAACGCGAGCCAUGGGAUAAAGAGAUUGAGUUCCAGAGGCGAAAUCUGCAGAAGCAGUACCUACUUCUACUUCUCAGUCAUCCCCGCGCGAAAGAGUCGAAGGAUGUCGAGACCCUGCUCUGGAUGCAAACUUCCCAUGCGUUGAUUGCGCCGUACAAGACGCGCAUAUCUGCGAUAGAGAAGGCCCUACGCGAUGUCAACAUGCAGAAGCAGCAGGGGAAAAGACAGCAGCAUGGUCCAGUCGAGCAUCGCAAACUCGUUCAUCGCUACCGGCAAUAUCUUGCGGGCGAGGAGAAGUUCUGGAUGCAGCUCAUCGCACGUCUCCACGAACAGUUCGCUCUUCAUGAGGCCGAUCAUAUCGUCGCCAGUCUUGGAAUCACAUCCACGGACGACGCACAGGGCUCCCGAAGUCAUUUUCAAUUCCCCGCGCCACCCGCAGGUUCCGUGCCGUCCUCUGAUCCAAAUGAGCGCGCCGGGUACAUCUCAAUCCUCGCGAAGGCUCUCGUCUGCUUGGGCGACCUGGCUCGAUACCGCGAGCUUGCUUCAGACGCCGGGCCACGCCGGCAGGAGGAUGCAACUAAGCGCGGAGGGCGAAGCAACCGCGGGAAACUGCCCGUGGCACCUUUUGAUGUCGCGCCGAAGACGUUGGACAGGUCCCGCACGUUGUACGAGGCUGCGCGCUCGCUUGCUCCCGAUGAUGGCAAUCCCCCUCAUCAACUGGCUAUCCUGGCGCUGCACAAGCGAGACUCUUUCGAGGGCGUCGUGCAGAAUUAUCGAGCUCUCUGUGCUCGCCAGCCUUACGUGACAGCCGCGGGAAACUUGACAAGCAUCCUCCGAGGAGCCCUUUUAGAGUAUCAGAAAGCGCACUCUGCCCAGGAUGGACGGGAUACGCGUCAGCCGACUGUCGAAACUUUCAAGAGAGACGUCAUUGCGUUAUACGCUUCCUGCAGGACGGGCGGGGACGUCAAUUUGGCCCGGAAUCUCGCGACGAAAGUUGCCUCAAUUUACUCAAAGCUGAUCUCGGAUCGACUUCUUUCUGUCGACUUGAUCACCAAGGUCUUGACGCUUGCGCAGGGGACGUUGUGGCACAUCAGUCGAGAGAAAGCGGCGAAAGGUUCAACCUACCUUGAGGACGCCUCUUCUCUCGUCCUUGCUAAUCUUCUAUCUCUAUACCGCUCAUUGUUCGAUAUCAGUGCUCAAGAGCUGCAAGAACCCAUGACGCCCGGUGGACGGGACUUGGCGAUGCGCAUCACAGCUGUCUUUCGCCGUAUGCUUCCCGCUCUGCGAGUGACUGGAAAAUGGCUUCGCGCAAAGGACCAUCUUGACAUGAUUCUCACAUCUGCUUCAACGACUACGCAGCCGUUUUGGCAGUCGUAUACUGUAUUCUUUGCGCGGAUCACCGAGAUAUUUCCUCCCGAUCAACUCCCACGUCUGGCGCGCCAGCUCGACGAGGAUGUCGAGCUUGUCGGCUAUCUGCCGCUAGGCGGACUACUCUUCAGCAGGACCGACCCCGCAGUUCUCGCGUCCGAAGAUCGCCGCGCGUUAGAGGAUGUUCAUCCCAACGAAGAGCAGUUGAUGCGGAUAUGGGAUAUAUGGCAUGAUGCGAGUCUAGUCGCAGAGCUUGCUCCGGAACAGAUGCGGUCCUUUCGAGCCUAUUCGACUAGCCGACAACCCUCGAAAGCGCAGACGCCGACAAACUUGACCGCAGCACAGUCGCGAGCACCACUGGGAUCGCAAACGCUUUCCCGUUACCCCCCGCCACAGACGGCCAAGUCAGUUGACGAUGAUGCUCGUACGGAGACGACCGAUCCGGUGGGCGAUGCCUUCCGCCAAGCUCUGGGCGAGGAUGACGACUCGGACGACGAGGAGAUCUUGUUCAAUCCAAGGGCUUCUAUAAUGUCUGUAGCCCCAGAAGCACCCGAGCCUCCUCUCUCGACACAACACACACCGACGAAGCAGGUUCCCAUGCAUCCCUCUACGCCCUCUGCUCCACCCCCCUCUAUACAGCUCUUGGCCCCGACAAAUACUAUUACGCCUCCUAAACCAGAUGCGACCGGAUCGACGUCCUUGCUCCCAACCCCAACGCACGUGCCUACUCAUCGUGGUUCAUCCUCGAGCUCUACGCCAGCUAUACCGCAUACACCCAAGACGACGGCGCAGGACCUGCUUGCAAACGUGCUUGGUCGCGGAGCGCCAUCCAGGACUGCCCGUCGCGUAUCACAGGCCUCUCAGUUCGCACCAACGUCUGGAUCAACGCGUCCUGCUUCGGAUCCUACCACGCCAUCUCUUCAUCCCGGUAAUGCUCCGGGACCUUUCGGCGCGGGACAAUCCAUUUGGUCUGCCUCAGUAGGAGAACAUGCAGUGGGCGCUCAUCAUCGUCGUCUAUCUCAGUCCGGCAUGCAUGGUGCAACGAGCUUGCGUUCGACGAGUCAGCCCCACCCAUGGACGGGCACAUCCGAGCGACAUUCAUAUCAGCAGAACGUGUAUGCGACGCCGCCGCCAGCGCUACAAAAUGCUGCUCCGCCUACUGCAUUUCCCACUUCCCUCCAACAACCCACGCUCCAGGUCACGCCCGGUAUCGGCAUCGGACUUCCGCCUUCUGGCGCUCACGCGCACCGAAGACUCUCGGGCUCAAAUACCUCAUCUCUCCUUGCGCAACAUUCAUAUUUGCCGCAAGCCACAAGCCAGCCAACCGCGCAUAUGAUCCCCAGCUAUCCGCAGCUUUCUUCGCAAGGACAUGCACUGCCGCAUGCGAUGAAUGGGAUGCAUCUCGGUGCCGUGCAGCCUCCGCAAAAUGUGUCUGGUACGCAAGGCGCCGGCGAUAUGCGCGCGUACGGCGCGAUUGGCGGGAUGGCAACGGGUGGGGUUCCAUAUGCGGGUGGUCUACAAUCGACUGGCUUGGGUAUUGCUGGAGGCAUAUGGGGACCUGCGGGAUAG